AUGGCUGGCAUUGGCAAGACUGUGUUAGUGAAGCAAUUAGCAGCUCGAGCUGAGACAGAGAAGCUCUUUGAUGUUGUGAUCUUUGCAGAGGUAACUUCAAGAUCAAACAUGAAAGAGAUUCAAGGAGACAUUGCAGAUCAUCUGGGUCUGAUGUUCCGUUGGGAGGAUGACGAGAGAAGAGCAAUCAGGCUAUUUGAUCGAUUGAAGAAAGAGAAGAACGUUCUUAUGGGUUCUCAGCAAAAUUUUGCUAUUGGCGUUUUAGAUGAGGAAGAAGCUUUUGGUCUAUUUAAGAAAAUAGCAGGCGAUUCUGCUGAAAACCAGGAGUUGCAACCCUUAGCAAUUUACAUAGCCAAGGCAUCUGGAGGCUUGCCUCUUGCCAUUUCUUCAACUGCAAUUGCGUUGAGAGGCAAGGGUAUAGCUACAUGGCGCAAUGCAUUGCUAAGUUUGAGAAGGCCUUUAUUGAAUAACUUCAGUGGGAUACUUGCUGAGGUUUACUCAAGUAUAGAGUUGAGUUAUAGUCUUUUGAAAGGGGAGGAACUCAAGUCAACCUUUUUGCUUUGUAGUCUGAUGAAAUAUUCUGGCAAUGUUUCCAUUAUGGAGUUGUUAAAAUAUGGAAUGGGUUUGGGUUUAUUUAAAGAAAUUAGUAGUGUGGAAGAAGCACGAAAUAGAGUAUAUACACUGAUUCAUGAACUCAAAUGUUGUUGUUUGUUACUAGAUGGUCACUCCGAUGAAUGGUUUUCUAUUCAUGAAAUUGUUCUUCUUGUUGCCAUAUCAAUUGCAUCUAGAGAUCAAUAUGCAUUUACAGUGACAAAUGGGGCUGCGGAUUGUCUAGAUAAGGAAGCACUUAGAAGAUGCCAGGCAAUGUCCAUAUGUGACAGUAAUAAUAGAGAGCUUCCUGAAGUUGCAGAUAUUUAUGUUGCUGACAGUGAAGAAGACAUCGCAAUCAAUCAAGUGGUGAACAAGAUUGAAUUUGGUCAGAUACGCUCCUUAAAUUUGAAAUCACUUCCAAAACUCAGAAGCUCUUGCUUUAAAGUGAAAUCGUUCUAUGAAGACGUUUUGGAGGAUUUGGUUGACUCAAACAUGCCACUUUUCAAUGAAACGGUUAUAUUACCUAGCUUAGAGGAAAUGGUAAUUUCUGGCAUGGAUAACUUGAAGGUGAUAUGGAACUACCAACUCCUUGAGCAUUCUUUUCAAAGACUAAAAAUAGUCGAAAUCAAGAACUUUGAUAAGCUAUUCUCUAUUUUUCCUUCAGCUACGUUUGAAAGGUUCUGGCAGUUAGAAACACUAACUGUUACUGCUUGUGCUUCAUUAGUAGAGAUAUUUGAUCUCCCAAGGUUAAAUGUUCAAGCUCAGUUAAAAGAAUUGUAUAUCCAUGGUCUACCAAAAGCGAGGCAUAUAUGGAAAACGGAGCCCCAAGUGAAGCUUUCCUUUCCAAAGCUCCGCUUAGUGAAAGUUAUUGGAUGUCAGGAUCUACAAAAUCUUUUUCCAGCCUCCAUUGCCAAGAGCCUUUUUGAACUUGAGGAGCUUGAGUUGGUUAAUUGUGGAGUGAAGGAGAUUUUUUCAAAAGAAGAAAGCGGAGAAUCAACUAUUAGGUUUGUCUUUCCACGGACAACAAUUCUCAAAUUCUCAAUGCUGCCACAACUUAGAUAUUUCUAUCCUGGAACACAUACUUCAGAAUGGAUGGCAUUAAAAAGGUUGGAGGUGUGUGAUUGUGACAAUGUGGAGAUAUUCACUUCAAAACUUCUCGGUAACCAACUUGAUGUACCAGCAAAACAACCCCUCUUUUUGGUUGAAAAGGUCUUCCCAAAUUUGGAGGAACUGAAACUCGGUGGAAAAGUCAUUGCAAUGAUAUGGCAAGGGACAUUUCCAGAACACCUAUUUCGCAGAGUUGAAGUUCUUCUCGCUAUCAGAGAUGAAUCAGAUGUUUUUCCAUUUCAAGCCUUUCAAAGAUUUCACAAUCUGGAAAAGCUCAUCCUAAGUCGUGGUUCAUAUAAAGAGUUAUUCUCACAUGAAGAGACAGACGAACAAGAUAGACAAGCCAUGCCAUCAUCGACAUCUUUCUACAAUCCAACAGUUUUGGAAGUGUGGUUUUGCAAAAAUUUGAAGAACUUAGUAGCACCCUCAACAGCCAAGACCCUGGUGCUACUCAAAGAAAUGAAGAUUGGUGGAUGUGAAAUGAUGGUAGAAGUAGUAGCAAAUGAGGGAUGUGCAAUAGAAAAAGUUUAG